AUGACACUAACAAAGCCGCCAAUAAGCAGUCACGCCUUCCGUAGAGGCACAGUAAGGCACACAUGCCCCCACCUUCUUCCCCUCUCAGUUCAGUGCCUCCCCUCUCUCAUCCCGUCCACCCCUCACCACUCCCUCCCUCCCCUCUCUCAUCCGUCCUCCCUCUCUAGUCCCUCACUCUCCUCUCCCAUCCCGUCCUCUCCUCUCGCAUCCCUCCCGUCCCUCUCUCCUCCCAUCCCCCCCUCUCUCAUCCGUCCCUCUCCUUUCUCAUCCCGUCCUCUCCUCUGUCAACCCUCACUCACCUCUCUCGUUACGGCCUCCCCUUUCUCAUCCAUCCCUCUCCACAAUUAUCCCGUCCUCGCCUCACUCAUCCCUCCCUCUCCUUUCCCAUCCCGUCCUCUCAUCUCAUAUCCCUCACUCUCAUCUCUGUUCCCUUCCUCCCCCUCAUACCCUCCUCUCCGAGUUCAGCCCUUCUCAUCCCCCUCUCUCCUCUCAGGACCGUGUCCACCUCCCUCUCCACUAUCAUCUCGUCCUCUCCUCUAUCAUCCCUCCGUCUACUCUCUCAUCCCUCCCAUCCCUUUCUCCUCCCGUCCCACACUCUCUCAUCCCUCCCUCUCCAUUCUCAUCCCGUACUCUCCUCUCUCGUCACGGCCUCCCCUCUCCCAUCCCGUCCUCUCCACUAGCAUCCCGUCCUCCCCACACUCAUGCCUCCCUCUCCUUUCCCAUCCCGUCCUCUCGCCUGUAAUCCCUCGCUCUCAUCUCUCAUCCCUCGCUCUCAUCUCUCGUCCCUCACUCUCAUCUCUCAUCCCGUCCUCCCCCUCUCAUCCCUCCAUCUAUCGUCCCUUCCUCCGCUCUCUCAUCCCGUCCUCCCCUCUCUCCUCCCGUCCUCUCCUCUCUCCUCCAGUCCUCUCCUCUCCCAUCUCGUCCUCCCCUCUCUCAUCCACCCCCUCUCUCAUCCACCCCCACUCUCAUCCCUCCCUCGCCACGCUCAUCCCGCGCCACGCCACGAUGUGGGAUCCCUGCCACCGCUGGGUGGCUGCCUCGCCACCCCGCUAUUGCAAUCGGCGCCACGCCGACGCGCCUCCUCAACGGCUUGCAUCGUCCAGGUCGUGCCUCAUCGCCUACGCCUCCACCGCCGCCUCUCGCACUUCCCCUUUCCCCCGAGUCGCACUUCCCCUUUCCCCCGAGUCGCACUUCCCCUUUCCCCCGAGACGCACUUCCCCUUUCCCCCGAGUCGCACUUCCCCUUUCCCCCGAGUCGCACUUCCCCUUUCCCCCGAGUCGCACUUCCCCUUUCCCCCGAGUCGCACUUCCCCUUUCCCCCGAGUCGCACUUCCCCUUUCCCCCGAGUCGCACUUCCCCUUUCCCCCGAGUCGCACUUCCCCUUUCCCCCGAGUCGCACUUCCCCUUUCCCCCGAGUCGCACUUCCCCUUUCCCCCGAGUCGCACUUCCCCUUUCCCCCGAGUCGCACUUCCCCUUUCCCCCGAGUCGCACUUCCCCUUUCCCCCGAGUCGCACUUCCCCUUUCCCCCGAGUCGCACUUCCCCUUUCCCCCGAGUCGCACUUCCCCUUUCCCCCGAGUCGCACUUCCCCUUUCCCCCGAGUCGCACUUCCCCUUUCCCCCGAGUCACACUUCCCCUUUCCCCCGAGUCGCACUUCCCCUUUCCCCCGAGUCGCACUUCCCCUUUCCCCCGAGUCGCACUUCCCCUUUCCCCCGAGUCGCACUUCCCCUUUCCCCCGAGUCGCACUUCCCCUUUCCCCCGAGUCGCACUUCCCCUUUCCCCCGAGUCGCACUUCCCCUUUCCCCCGAGUCGCACUUCCCUUUCCCCCGAGUCGCACUUCCCCUUUCCCCCGAGUCGCACUUCCCCUUUCCCCCGAGUCGCACUUCCCCUUUCCCCCGAGACGCACUUCCCCUUUCCCCCGAGUCGCACUUCCCCUUUCCCCCGAGUCGCACUUCCCCUUUCCCCCGAGUCGCACUUCCCCUUUCCCCCGAGUCGCACUUCCCCUUUCCCCCGAGUCGCACUUCCCCUUUCCCCCGAGUCGCACUUCCCCUUUCCCCGAGUCGCACUUCCCCUUUCCCCCGAGUCGCACUUCCCCUUUCCCCCGAGUCGCACUUCCCCUUUCCCCCGAGUCGCACUUCCCCUUUCCCCCGAGUCGCACUUCCCCUUUCCCCCGAGUCGCACUUCCCCUUUCCCCCGAGUCGCACUUCCCCUUUCCCCCGAGUCGCACUUCCCCUUUCCCCCGAGUCGCACUUCCCCUUUCCCCCGAGUCGCACUUCCCCUUUCCCCCGAGUCGCACUUCCCCUUCCCCCGAGUCGCACUUCCCCUUUCCCCCGAGUCGCACUUCCCCUUUCCCCGAGUCGCACUUCCCCUUUCCCCGAGUCGCACUUCCCCUUUCCCCGAGUCGCACUUCCCCUUUCCCCCGAGUCGCACUUCCCCUUUCCCCCGAGUCGCACUUCCCCUUUCCCCCGAGUCGCACUUCCCCUUUCCCCCGAGUCGCACUUCCCCUUUCCCCCGAGUCGCACUUCCCCUUUCCCCCGAGUCGCACUUCCCCUUUCCCCCGAGUCGCACUUCCCCUUUCCCCCGAGUCGCACUUCCCCUUUCCCCCGAGUCGCACUUCCCCUUUCCCCCGAGUCGCACUUCCCCUUUCCCCGAGUCGCACUUCCCCUUUCCCCCGAGUCGCACUUCCCCUUUCCCCCGAGUCGCACUUCCCCUUUCCCCCGAGUCGCACUUCCCCUUUCCCCCGAGUCGCACUUCCCCUUUCCCCCGAGUCGCACUUCCCCUUUCCCCCGAGUCGCACUUCCCCUUUCCCCCGAGUCGCACUUCCCCUUUCCCCCGAGUCGCACUUCCCCUUUCCCCCGAGUCGCACUUCCCCUUUCCCCCGAGUCGCACUUCCCCUUUCCCCCGAGUCGCACUUCCCCUUUCCCCCGAGUCGCACUUCCCCUUUCCCCCGAGUCGCACUUCCCCUUUCCCCCGAGUCGCACUUCCCCUUUCCCCCGAGUCGCACUUCCCCUUUCCCCCGAGUCGCACUUCCCCUUUCCCCCGAGUCGCACUUCCCCUUUCCCCCGAGUCGCACUUCCCCUUUCCCCCGAGUCGCACUUCCCCUUUCCCCCGAGUCGCACUUCCCCUUUCCCCCGAGUCGCACUUCCCCUUUCCCCCGAGUCGCACUUCCCCUUUCCCCCGAGUCGCACUUCCCCUUUCCCCCGAGUCGCACUUCCCCUUUCCCCCGAGUCGCACUUCCCCUUUCCCCCGAGUCGCACUUCCCCUUUCCCCCGAGUCGCACUUCCCCUUUCCCCCGAGUCGCACUUCCCCUUUCCCCCGAGUCGCACUUCCCCUUUCCCCCGAGUCGCACUUCCCCUUUCCCCCGAGUCGCACUUCCCCUUUCCCCCGAGUCGCACUUCCCCUUUCCCCCGAGUCGCACUUCCCCUUUCCCCCGAGUCGCACUUCCCCUUUCCCCCGAGUCGCACUUCCCCUUUCCCCCGAGUCGCACUUCCCCUUUCCCCCGAGUCGCACUUCCCCUUUCCCCCGAGUCGCACUUCCCCUUUCCCCCGAGUCGCACUUCCCCUUUCCCCCGAGUCGCACUUCCCCUUUCCCCCGAGUCGCACUUCCCCUUUCCCCCGAGUCGCACUUCCCCUUUCCCCCGAGUCGCACUUCCCCUUUCCCCCGAGUCGCACUUCCCCUUUCCCCCGAGUCGCACUUCCCCUUUCCCCCGAGUCGCACUUCCCCUUUCCCCCGAGUCGCACUUCCCCUUUCCCCCGAGUCGCACUUCCCCUUUCCCCCGAGUCGCACUUCCCCUUUCCCCCGAGUCGCACUUCCCCUUUCCCCCGAGUCGCACUUCCCCUUUCCCCUUUCCCCGAGUCGCACUUCCCCUUUCCCCCGAGUCGCACUUCCCCUUUCCCCCGAGUCGCACUUCCCCUUUCCCCCGAGUCGCACUUCCCCUUUCCCCCGAGUCGCACUUCCCCUUUCCCCCGAGUCGCACUUCCCCUUUCCCCCGAGUCGCACUUCCCCUUUCCCCCGAGUCGCACUUCCCCUUUCCCCCGAGUCGCACUUCCCCUUUCCCCCGAGUCGCACUUCCCCUUUCCCCCGAGUCGCACUUCCCCUUUCCCCCGAGUCGCACUUCCCCUUUCCCCCGAGUCGCACUUCCCCUUUCCCCCGAGUCGCACUUCCCCUUUCCCCCGAGUCGCACUUCCCCUUUCCCCCGAGUCGCACUUCCCCUUUCCCCCGAGUCGCACUUCCCCUUUCCCCCGAGUCGCACUUCCCCUUUCCCCCGAGUCGCACUUCCCCUUUCCCCCGAGUCGCACUUCCCCUUUCCCCCGAGUCGCACUUCCCCUUUCCCCCGAGUCGCACUUCCCCUUUCCCCCGAGUCGCACUUCCCCUUUCCCCCGAGUCGCACUUCCCCUUUCCCCCGAGUCGCACUUCCCCUUUCCCCCGAGUCGCACUUCCCCUUUCCCCCGAGUCGCACUUCCCCUUUCCCCCGAGUCGCACUUCCCCUUUCCCCCGAGUCGCACUUCCCCUUUCCCCCGAGUCGCACUUCCCCUUUCCCCGAGUCGCACUUCCCCUUUCCCCCGAGUCGCACUUCCCCUUUCCCCCGAGUCGCACUUCCCCUUUCCCCCGAGUCGCACUUCCCCUUUCCCCCGAGUCGCACUUCCCCUUUCCCCCGAGUCGCACUUCCCCUUUCCCCCGAGUCGCACUUCCCCUUUCCCCCGAGUCGCACUUCCCCUUUCCCCCGAGUCGCACUUCCCCUUUCCCCCGAGUCGCACUUCCCCUUUCCCCCGAGUCGCACUUCCCCUUUCCCCCGAGUCGCACUUCCCCUUUCCCCCGAGUCGCACUUCCCCUUUCCCCCGAGUCGCACUUCCCCUUUCCCCCGAGUCGCACUUCCCCUUUCCCCCGAGUCGCACUUCCCCUUUCCCCCGAGUCGCACUUCCCCUUUCCCCCGAGUCGCACUUCCCCUUUCCCCCGAGUCGCACUUCCCCUUUCCCCCGAGUCGCACUUCCCCUUUCCCCCGAGUCGCACUUCCCCUUUCCCCCGAGUCGCACUUCCCCUUUCCCCCGAGUCGCACUUCCCCUUUCCCCCGAGUCGCACUUCCCCUUUCCCCCGAGUCGCACUUCCCCUUUCCCCCGAGUCGCACUUCCCCUUUCCCCCGAGUCGCACUUCCCCUUUCCCCCGAGUCGCACUUCCCCUUUCCCCCGAGUCGCACUUCCCCUUUCCCCCGAGUCGCACUUCCCCUUUCCCCCGAGUCGCACUUCCCCUUUCCCCCGAGUCGCACUUCCCCUUUCCCCCGAGUCGCACUUCCCCUUUCCCCCGAGUCGCACUUCCCCUUUCCCCCGAGUCGCACUUCCCCUUUCCCCCGAGUCGCACGAGGCACUUCCCCUUUCCCCCGAGUCGCACUUCCCCUUUCCCCCGAGUCGCACUUCCCUUUCCCCCGAGUCGCACUUCCCCUUUCCCCCGAGUCCGCACUCUUCCGAGUCGCACUAUCCCCCUUUCCCCCGAGUUCGCACUUCCCCUUUCCCCGAGUCGCACUUCCCCUUUCUUCCCCCGAGUCGCACUUCCCCUUUCCCCCGAGUCGCACUUCCCCUUUCCCCCGAGUCGCACUUCCCCUUUCCCCCGAGUCGCACUUCCCUUUCCCCCGAGUCGCACUUCCCCUUUCCCCGAGUCGCACUUCCCAUUUCCCCGAGUCGCACUUCCCCUUCCCCCGAGUCGCACUUCCCCUUUCCCCCGAGUCGCACUUCCCCUUUCCCCCGAGUCGCACUUGCCCCUUUCCCCCGGUCGCACUUCCCCUUUCCCCCGGUCGCACUUCCCCUUUCCCCCGAGUCGCACUUCCCCUUUCCCCGAGUCGCACUUCCCCUUUCCCCCGAGUCGCACUUCCCCUUUCCCCCGAGUCGCACUUCCCCUUUCCCCCGAGUCGCACUUCCCCUUUCCCCCGAGUCGCACUUCCCCUUUCCCCCGAGUCGCACUUCCCCUUUCCCCCGAGUCGCACUUCCCCUUUCCCCCGAGUCGCACUUCCCCUUUCCCCCGAGUCGCACUUCCCCUUUCCCCGAGUCGCACUUCCCCUUUCCCCCGAGUCGCACUUCCCCUUUCCCCCGAGUCGCACUUCCCCUUUCCCCCGAGUCGCACUUCCCCUUUCCCCGAGUCGCACUUCCCCUUUCCCCCGAGUCGCACUUCCCCUUUCCCCCGAGUCGCACUUCCCCUUUCCCCCGAGUCGCACUUCCCCCUUUCCCCCGAGUCGCACUUCCCUUUCCCCCGAGUCGCACUUCCCCUUUCCCCCGAGUCGCACUUCCCCUUUCCCCCGAGUCGCACUUCCCCUUUCCCCCGAGUCGCACUUCCCCUUUCCCCGAGUCGCACUUCCCCUUUCCCCCGAGUCGCACUUCCCCUUUCCCCGAGUCGCACUUCCCCUUUCCCCCGAGUCGCACUUCCCUUUCCCCCGAGUCGCACUUCCCCUUUCCCCCGAGUCGCACUUCCCCUUUCCCCCGAGUCGCACUUCCCCUUUCCCCGAGUCGCACUUCCCCUUUCCCCCGAGUCGCACUUCCCCUUUCCCCCGAGUCGCACUUCCCCUUUCCCCCGAGUCGCACUUCCCCUUUCCCCCGAGUCGCACUUCCCCUUUCCCCCGAGUCGCACUUCCCCUUUCCCCCGAGUCGCACUUCCCCUUUCCCCCGAGUCGCACUUCCCCUUUCCCCCGAGUCGCACUUCCCCUUUCCCCCGAGUCGCACUUCCCCUUUCCCCCGAGUCGCACUUCCCCUUUCCCCCGAGUCGCACUUCCCCUUUCCCCCGAGUCGCACUUCCCCUUUCCCCCGAGUCGCACUUCCCCUUUCCCCCGAGUCGCACUUCCCCUUUCCCCCGAGUCGCACUUCCCCUUUCCCCCGAGUCGCACUUCCCCUUUCCCCCCGAGUCGCACUUCCCCUUUCCCCCGAGUCGCACUUCCCCUUUCCCCCGAGUCGCACUUCCCUUUCCCCCGAGUCGCACUUCCCCUUUCCCCCGAGACGCACUUCCCCUUUCCCCGAGUCGCACUUCCCCUUUCCCCCGAGUCGCACUUCCCCUUUCCCCCGAGUCGCACUUCCCCUUUCCCCCGAGUCGCACUUCCCCUUUCCCCCGAGUCGCACUUCCCCUUUCCCCCGAGUCGCACUUCCCCUUUCCCCCGAGUCGCACUUCCCCUUUCCCCCGAGUCGCACUUCCCCUUUCCCCCGAGUCGCACUUCCCCUUUCCCCCGAGUCGCACUUCCCCUUUCCCCCGAGUCGCACUUCCCCUUUCCCCCGAGUCGCACUUCCCUUUCCCCCGAGUCGCACUUCCCCUUUCCCCCGAGUCGCACUUCCCCUUUCCCCCGAGUCGCACUUCCCCUUUCCCCCGAGUCGCACUUCCCCUUUCCCCGAGUCGCACUUCCCCUUUCCCCGAGUCGCACUUCCCCUUUCCCCCGAGUCGCACUUCCCCUUUCCCCCGAGUCGCACUUCCCCUUUCCCCCGAGUCGCACUUCCCCUUUCCCCGAGUCGCACUUCCCCUUUCCCCCGAGUCGCACUUCCCCUUUCCCCCGAGUCGCACUUCCCCUUUCCCCCGAGUCGCACUUCCCCUUUCCCCCGAGUCGCACUUCCCCUUUCCCCCGAGUCGCACUUCCCCUUUCCCCCGAGUCGCACUUCCCCUUUCCCCCGAGUCGCACUUCCCCUUUCCCCCGAGUCGCACUUCCCCUUUCCCCUGAGUCGCACUUCCCCUUUCAGCCGGCUCGCACUUCAACUUCCCCACAGGGCGCUCAUCGGCUUCACCCCAGGUCGCACAACCACUUCCCCCUGGUCGCUCCACCCCUUUUCCACGGGUCGCACACCCCCUUCCCCUCCACUUCCCCUACCCCCGCAGGUCGCUCCUCCCCUUUCUCCCCGGUCGCCAUUCCAACCCCCCCCCCCAUGUCGCUCCUCCCUGUCCCCCAGGUCGCACCCCCCCUUUCCCCCAUGCCACACCUCCCUGUUCCCCCCCACAGAGCACCUUAUCACUCCCUCACAAUGCACUACCCCUCCCAUCCCUUUGCUUCCUCUCCCCUCCAAUCCCUUUUAUUCUCUUCGCUUCCCAUCCCUCGCCUUCCCUUCCACCGACCUCCCUGCACUUCCUAUGCCCCUCUCCUCACAUCCCUCUCCGCUCUCGUCCCCUCUCAUUUCUCGCGGAUCUAUCUCAUCCCGUCCACCACUCUCUCAUCCCGUCCUGCGCUCUCCCAUCCGUGACUCUCCGGUCUCUUCCCGUCCUCCGCUCUCUCAUCCCUCCCUCUCUGCUCUCAUCCCGCCCUCCCCUCUCUCAACAACUUCCCUCUUUGCUCUCAUCCCGUCGACCGCUCUCCCAUCCCUGCCCACCCAUCCCUCAUCCCGUCCGCCGCUAUCUCUUCCCUUCCUCUCCUCUACUAUCCCCUCCUCCGCUCCCUCACGCCUCCCUCUCCUCAACUAUCCCGUCUGCCGCUCUCUCAUCACUCCCUAUGCCCGUGUUCCCCACUCCCCCGCAGGGCACGUGGCCCCUGUGUCUCGUGGGGGCCGUGCUCUACCUUGCGCUGCAGGUGCACGGGGCUCAGGCUCAGUCUCAGUCUCAGUAAUGCGCCUCAACGGAACGCCCUCACACGUCCCCCCCUCCCUUCUCUCAUCCCCUCCUCCCAUCUCUCCUCCCCGCCUUCCCUCCCUCACCCGCUCCUCCCAUCGCUCAUCCCCUCCUCCCCUCUCUCAUACCCUCUUCCCUCUUUCAUCCGCUCCUCCCCUCCCUCAUACCCUCCUCCCCUCUCUCAUCCCCUCCACCCCUCCCUCAUCCCCUCCCUCUUUCUCUCAUUCCCGCCUCCCCAUCACUCCUCCCCUCCUUCCUUCUCUCAUCCCGUCCUCCCCUCUCUCAUUUCCUCCUCCCCUCUCUCAUCCCGUCCUCCCCUCUCUCAUCCCCUCCUCCCCUCUAUCAUCCUCUCCUCCCCUCUCUCAUCCCUUGCUCCCCUCGGACCCCCAUGUUCCUCCUUCCUUCCCCUCAUUUCCCCCCUCCAAGCCUAUCACCGCCUAUCCUCCUUCCCCGUCUUUCACCCUCCUUUUUAAACUCCUCCCACCUAUAUUCCACCCCCCUUGGACGCCCACUUCUUUCAACCCAAUUCCCAUGUUGCCCCCCUCAUGCCCCCUCUCUUCCCCCCUCCCCCCCUCAGUCCCAUUUAUCCGCCCCUGGUUCCCCUCUUUUCUCCCCUUGUUUUCCCCCUUUAUCCACCAUAUUUCCCACUCUGGUUCCACUGUUACCCCCCCCCUGCUUCCAAUCAUUUCCCCUCCUACUUCCCCUCCUGUCGCCACCUGCUUCCAUUCACUGUCUCCUUGCUCUCUUCGUGUUUUCCCGCCCACAGAAUGCCAACACCUCCGAGUUCAUGGUGCAGGCCACGGGGCUCACCGCCAUCCGUUCCUCCCCUCAUUCAUCACAUCCUCGCUCUCAUCCUUUCCUCCCAUCUCUCAUCUCUCCCUCGUCUCUACCAUCCUCUCCCCCAUUAUCCUCCUCUCCCCCCCCCGUCCCCCUCUCUCACUAUGUCCUCAUCUCUCACCUGGUCCUCCUCUCUCCUCCCUGCCGUCCCUUCUCCCUUCUCUUCCCCUCAUGUCCCCCAAUCCAUUCCCUUAUUUCCCCGCUCGUAACCCUCUUUCCAUUUCCUCUGUCCCCCCGGCUCUCGAUUCUCUAAAAAAGGUGCUCUUGGUAACACCCUUGCAUCCCAUCAGUACACCCACUCCUACCCCUCUCUACCCCCCCUGCUACCCCUCUCUUCCCCCCCUGCUGCGGCUCGUUUUCUCCCUGUCCUCUGUAAUGCCUUUGCCUUUAGUCAAUGUCCCCUCUUGCUUGCACCCAGUCACUCCCCUGUAUCCCGUCCCUUCUCUGUUUAUAUAUUCCCAUCUUCCAAUCCUCCCCCGUCUCAUACCCCACCAGCCUCUCGCAACUUGUCUCCCCCUCUCUCAUCCCUCCCCAUCCUCUCGCAUCCCGCCCCCCCCUCUCUCAUCCCUCCCCAUCCUCUCACAUCCCAUCUCCCCCUCGCUCAUUCCUCCCCCUCCCGCGAAGGCACUUCGCCAGCGCCCAUGCCUUCGCGCCUCAUCCACGCCAAGGAUGGGCGCCCGCUGGUCUGCAGGCAGCUUUCCCAGACUCUCGGCCGCCAGCAGUAGUCAAGGGGAACUGGAAUAG